CGCCCUCCUACCUCUUACCUCUUCCUUAUCCUCUUAUCCUUCCAUCCUCCCUCCCCCUCCUGCUCCUCCUUAUUGUUCUGCUCUUUCCCUUCUGUACCUACCUCUACCUGUUUUACCUACCCUUGCCUACCUUCAUACGUUUUAUAAUUUCUGGAUUGCCGGACACUUCAGCAACACUUCAGCAUACAACACUUCAGCCAGGACAAACAAACACUGUCUACUACUUGCGGCCACUGCCACUGUUACUACUGCUACUGCAACUGCUACUGCUACUGCGACCACUACUGCCAAGUCACUGCGCCUGGCUGUGCAACAAACAUCUUGGACCUCAUCUUGGACCUGGAUCUUGACUUGGCCAUUCUUGACCGUUCUUGCCAUUAACCAUUUGACCAUCUUGACUUUCCUGGAUCCAUAGUUUGACUUGACCGACUUUCCUUCCAUGGCUUCUUAAACCUUCCAUUCGGUCCCGAUUUGGUGUUUGCUCGAUCGCCCUUUCCAAGGAUCCUCUAGGAUAAUAUCGUACUCCGUACCGCCGCUGGAUCAGGCCUAGCUCGUUUGGCUCGUUCACCGCCCAGGACUUUCAGGACAUCAUCUGCAUCUCUACACACUCCGCUGCCAUGCUGACCCAGCCUGUCCCCUUCAUGUAUCCUCACCCUCAUCCUCUUCCUCACCCGCACCCGCACCCUCACAUGCUCCCGACCCCUCCCCCUUCGCCGCCGACCGGCCGUUUCUAUGCCCCAGAGGACCGUCUUGGAUUGCUCCUAGCCAACCGGCUGGAACUCACCAGCAUCCUUGGAGUCGGCGCAUAUGGCGUUGUCUACACUGCCGUGGAUAUUCACACGGAUGUGCUCUAUGCCGUCAAGGCCCUCAACAAGACCGGGCUAGAUCCCCGCCAGCUCAAGUUCCAGCAGCGUGAGAUCAAGCUCCACCAUAUGGCCAGCCAGCACCCAAAUGUCGUCUCUCUAGUGCGCAUUAUGGACUCGGACGACUGCACCUAUGUCGUCAUAGAAUUCUGCCCUGAAGGCGACCUGUUCUCUAGCAUCACUGACAAGAGCCACUUUGUCGGGAAUGAUCCCUUGGUCAAGCGUGUCUUUCUCCAGAUCUUGGAUGCCGUCCAUUACUGCCACUCGCUGGGAAUCUACCAUAGGGACCUCAAGCCGGAGAACAUCCUGGUCACCGACCAGGGAAUGACGGUCAAGUUGGCCGAUUUUGGCCUUGCCACGACGGAUAUGUUCACCUCGGACUUUGGCUGCGGGUCGACAUUCUACAUGUCGCCAGAGUGCCAGCAAACAAACCCUCGCCCAAUGUCGUACUACCAGUCGGCUCCGAACGACGUCUGGAGCUUGGGUGUCAUCCUUGUCAAUUUGACGUGCGGCCGUAACCCGUGGAAGCGCGCCUCGAUCGAGGACUCUACCUUCCGCGCUUACCUGAAAGACCCUUUCUUCCUGAAGUCAAUUCUGCCGCUGUCGGAUGAGAUGGUCUGUAUCCUCAGCCGUAUCUUUGAGCCCAACCCAUCAAAGAGGAUUACCAUCCCGGAGUUGCGCCAAAUCAUUCUGGAGUGCCCUAGGUUCACGCUUAACCCAAUGACCCCUUGGGGCUCCACCACUGGACCACUGGUCAACUACAUGCAUCCCCCACAGGUUACGCCUAUUGAAAACUUAAACACGCAACCCUCGGCCUGUUCUUCCGACUCGUCUCAAUACUCGGACGCCUUCUCAGCUGUCUCGGACGCCUCUUCCUACACCGAAGGCUACUCAGACAUGGAUAGUGUGUCCUCGGUGGGCCAAGACGACUUCAAGGAUGAAUUCCCUGCGGACACCGUAUGCAGUGACCUGCAGCAGCCGCUUAGCGCACCCGUAACGGGAUCUGCGGCGGGACCUCUUGUGGUCUGUCAGCAACCUUUCACCUACCUUAUCCCUGUUUGUUGAUAUGCAUCGCGACAUGAUUUACGCCUACACCUUAGCACGCG